CGAACGGAUUGACAAAGCAUGGCUAACAAUCCAACAGAAAUCAAGAACUACAUGGGAUUUAAAAAGUCAGCUUUAUUUUUGUGCCUUGGAUUUGAGGUAGAUUAAAUAAUUGAAAAGGCUAGGCUAUUAGGUCAUGAUUUCUGUGUUGCAGCUGUCUAGCACAAGUUGACAGACACUCUGCAAGGCCUGUUGAUUUAAUAAGAGGCAUAGGAAAUCUCUGUGGGUAGCAAACGAGCAGUCAAUGAAUCUGAAAAGAAACACGAUUGAAUGGGGUGGGGGGAACUAACCAGCAUUUGUAAAGCUGUGAUUAGCUGGAGGUCCUAUGGCAGCUACAGUUGUGUUUUCUGAAUAAGUGCAAUAAUGCAUAGGCAGCAGUGAAGCAACUUUGCUACAGAGAGUUAUUGCUUCAUAUGAAGCUUGAACUGAAACCUGCAAGCUCGACAAGUGAACAGCCAUGAAAGGUUCAUUACUUUUGAUUUCAAGUGUCAUCUUGCUAACAGAUGUGCUGAGUGGCUGUCCUCCAAAAUGUCUGUGUAAUCGCUUUUUAAAGACAGUGGACUGCAGGAAUCAAGGGCUUGUUGAAGUUCCUUCACACUUACCUGCUGAAACUCAAAUAUUGCUGUUGUCAAAUAAUCACAUUCAGAAAAUCAGUCAAAGUGCUUUUGUUGAUACUCUGGCCCUCAAAAUCCUGGAUUUAUCUAAUAACUCUAUCACGGGACUGUUGCCUGGCACAUUCGAAGAACUGCAACAUCUACAGAUUCUAAACCUAACGAAGAACUUCAUUGAAUAUGUAGACAACAAAACUUUUAGUUCGCUUUCACGCCUAAAAGAGCUGGAUUUAUCCUCCAACAAUAUAUUAAGUAUGCCCAGAACUCUGGGAAAAAAUACAGGGAACAUAACUUUAUUGUCUAUGAAACAUAAUAAACUUCAGAAAGUAGACAGACUUCUGUUGGAAUCGCUCCCAAACCUGAAAGUUGUUCUCUUUAAGGGUAACUUCUGGCAAUGCAAUUGUCAAGUCUUUGGCCUUAAAUUGUGGCUGGAAAGUUUUUUAUAUAGAGGAGGAAUUAGUGACAGUAUCAUCUGCUCAACGCCUGAUCAUCGGAAGGGAAAAGACCUCCUGAGAAUUCCUUAUGAAUUGUAUGGAAUCUGCCCUCCUACAGUUUCCGAUGUCCACCAGGCCAAUGCUCUUCACUAUACUUCUGAGCACAAAAGUUCUCCAAAGCUCGCCCAUCACAAUGAACACGGAGGAGACAGCAGCCGCUCACACUGUGAACCUAAACCAAAGCCACGGCCUGUUAGCUUGCGUCAUGCAAUUGCCACUGUAGUAAUAACUGGAGUGGUCUGUGGGAUUGUAUGUCUCAUGAUGUUGGCUGCCGCUGUGUAUGGCUGUGCUUAUGCUGCAAUCACUGCAAAGUACCACCGUGAAAAGAACCCCUCUGGUAAGGAGAAAGGGACUCUUGAGGAAAAAGAGUCGUUUGAGAGGUCAUUGGCUUGAGUUACUGAUAGCUAUGGGCUUUCAGAAACAUAUACUACUCCCCUUGCCCAACAAGUUAAAGGAGCAGAGUUGGAAUAUGGCUGAUUUAUUAGUUCCACAUUCAAAAAUGUUUGCAUAUAACUACAGAGGUGCCAACAAGAUUUUUCUGGCCACUGGUAUACCAUAUGGCUGCACUUGCUAAAGACACACAUUUGCAUAACAAAGUAUAUUCAAAUGUCACAUGCAGAUUUGUACCCUCUUUUGCAGGUGGAGGUGGAGUGCCCAAAAUAAAGUCGGUAAUAAGUUGUCCAACAGAUGGAAUGUCAACCAGUGAAGCUUUCCCCAUAACUGUAGUUCUAUACUCCAAAAGACUUACUCUAUUUAAUAUCUACUUGCCACAUACCAGUUAAAGGUACAAUAGCCCUACAGUCCUCCAAUGCCAGGGACAACUUUCUAAUUUCAGCAGCGCCCUUUGCCAGGCCAAAAUUCAGUACUGCCCCACCUCUUGUCUUCCUUUCUGCUCAAUUCAAUAUGUCAUAAGUCUGAUGCCCUGUGGUGCCCCCUAGUCUAGAUGCCUGGUGCAGCAGAACCAGUUGUGCUACCCUAAAUUCACCUCUGCCAAUGCCAAUACUAAACUACACAAAGAACUCAGGUUUCAUGAGUUGCAAACAAGGUGUGUUACUGUAGGUCUCUCAUGAUACUAAGUUCUGUGAUACUAAGGCUCUGAUACUAAGUUAAGUGGAGGGAGUAAAAAGUGAUUUAAGAUUUAUAGCAAUUCUGUUCAGAUACUCAUGCUUGGAUAAAUUCAAGCUUUAAAUAGUUCAAACCCCAGUACUCAUUUGUGGUGGUCAUUUAUUAAUACCCCAACAAAUACACUCUGAGUCUGAACUGGCGGUGACGGACCAGGACUGAGACCUUGAGAUCAUAAUACAUGGCUUGAUGAAGUUAUCAACCCAGUGUGCAGGAGUGGUGGAAAAGGCAAGUUUGAUGGGAAGAGGCAGCAAUGCUUCAGAAUAGCAAUUUCUGGAAACCACAGGUGCUCUUGCACUCAGAUCCUGCUCGUGGGCUUCCCACAGGCAUCUGGUUGGCCACUGUGAUCACAGGAUGGUGGGCUAGAUAGGCCAUUGGCCUGAUCCAGCAACAAUAAUAAUCCCCCUUUUUUUCUUUUUUGAGCCAAAAUGAUUUGACACACACACACACACUCAGCCAUGAAGUUUGCUUGGUGCCCUUAGGUAGGUUGGCCAUAUUUCAAGUAGUGAAAAUGCGGACGGGGUUUUUUUUUGGGGGGGGGGGCAAAGUUUUGACUAAAGUUGUUGGACUUUUUUUGGCAAAAAGGGAGAGUAGAUUCUGAGCUAUUUUUAUGGAAAAUUGGCACUGCUGACAUGGGCUGCCGUACAUCCGAAUUUUCCCGGAUAUUUUACCGAUUUUCACCCAGGUGCUGCUGCCGACUGCAGUAUUCUGGAUAUGUCCAGGAAAUUCCAGACAUACGGCAACCCUAACUUAGGCCAGCUUCUGUUUCUUCACCUAACCUACCUCACUGAGUUGUUGUGAAGAUAAAACAAAUAUAUAAAAGGAUGUCAUAUAGAGGAGGGAGAAAGGUUGUUUUCUGCUGCUCCAGAGAAGCGAACACGGAGCAAUGGAUUCAAACUAGGUACAAGAAAGAAGAUUCCACCUAAACAUUAGGAAGAACUUCCUGACAGUAAGAGCUGUUCGACAGUGGAAUUUGCUGCCAAGGAGUGUGGUGGAGUCUCCUUCUUUGGAGGUCUUUAAGCGGAGGCUUGACGGCCAUAUGUCAGGAAUGCUUUGAUGGUGUUUCCUGCUUGGCAGGGGGUUGGACUGGAUGGCCUUUGUGGUCUCUUCCAACUCUAUGAUUCUAUGAUACAAAAGGAAGGAGAACCAUGUACACUGCAAAAACCCAUUUAAGUUUUUAUACCAGCAACACCACUCCUCACUGGAGAAGGAGGCCCUAAAGGGUGGUGGAGGAAAGUUCAGCAUGAGGCUGUUAUCUCUCUCAAGGCUGGUCUUAUCAGCAUAAGCACUGAGUUGCAUCUCGCCUCACUUGGACGCAGUCUUGGCGUUGCCAAAUUGGCUAGAUGUCUGUAUAAUAGCAAUGAAGGCACAGCCUACUGCCUCCCAGCUCUGGAGUACCUGCGACUCAUUUUGUGUGUCCCCUGUCUCAGUACUCUCCCUCUGAUCACCAGUGUGCCCUUUUUGACUUGGUACAUUUAAAACCAUCUGCACAUUACAUUAUAUAGAAAUAUUUAAUGUGUUCCUGUAAGCCUAUGUGUAGCAUUUUAGUCCACAAACAACUAGUUGCAGCAACAUACUUACUAACACUGCAGAUGCCGGCAGACAUUUCAGACGUGGAAAAAUAUAGAUCUAAUCACUUAAAUUAACAAAUGCAAAGCUAGCGUUUUGCAACAUGGGGCAUUUUAUGCCUAAUGUAGUUAGAUGAAAGGCACCAUUUGCUAUAUAUUCUGCGAGAACCGCAAAUUAUCUUCCACAAUUGCUUGCAAGUAUUUUCAAAUGCAUUGCAGGUUAUUUUUAGAUACUCAUUGGGUACCAAAUAGCAGGAAUCUCUACUGGAAUGCCCUUAAUUUGCAAAGCACUGGUGUGAACAUCUGCUCCUAAAUACUGAAAUUAUCUGCAUGGGCUCAUUUAAUUUUAUGUCUCAAAUAAAAAUAUCAAAAGCA